AUGAAGAAGAUGCCUUCAAUAGACACUUGUCCUAUUUGUAUCAACAACCCAUUGGAUGAUGAAUCUAGAACAUCAUCAACUAAUAUUAGUUGGUUACAAUGUGAACCAUGUAAACAAUGGUUUCAUACUCAAUGUCUUCAAUUAACUCCAUUAGAAAUUAAUAAUCUCCAUUCUUAUCAUUGUAAAGAUUGUAUACCCAAACAUGGAGAUUCAAUCUACAAAAGAAAAUCUAAACGAGCUAAAGUAUCCAUUGAUUAUGUGGCCUUAAAUGAAGGUGAUACUUUUGCCGUUGAUAAAUCAUGUCAUCCUCAUCUACCUAAAUUCCUCGAGUUUUCCAAUCCCGAAUCGAAGCUAAAUCCACAUUUGAAUUAUGUUGACGAAUUGACUAAAGAAUACGCAUUAUCAACUGAAAUGAAGAAGCCAAUCUUAAUCAGAAAAGCAAAUCUUUCAAAAGUAGGCAUGGAACUACCAAUUCCUAGAAAUAAAAUCGAUAUUCAAUAUAUAACUAGCAAGGUGGGAGACGACCAUCCAGUAGAAGUAAUGGAUGUCCUCUCACAACAAAGUGUAUCACCAGGAUGGAAAAUGGGACAAUGGCGAGAUUAUUUCCUCACCGAUGAAAAUUCCCGAGAUAGAAUCAGAAAUGUAAUUUCCUUGGAAAUAUCUCAAGCUAAAGGACUCGGAGAUUCGUUUAAACGACCUACAAUGGUUGAGGAAUUAGAUUUGGUUGAUAAAGUAUGGAACCCCAAUGAUGAACAAUCUCGAUCAAAAGUGACAAAAUAUUGUUUGAUGUCAGUUAAGAAUUCAUUCACUGAUUUUCAUAUUGAUUUUGGUGGAACUUCAGUAUAUUAUACGGUAUGUAAGGGACUCAAAACAUUUAUGAUGUAUCCUCCAACGCAAGACAACUUAGAUUUAUAUACUUCUUGGUGUUUGGAGCAAACUCAAAACUUCAUCUGGUUUGGUGAAUAUUCAAUCACAAAGAAUAAAAAACGAAUAUCUCCAAAAGAUGGAUUUAAAGUUACAUUAGAAGAAGGUGAUUUGUUUAUUAUACCGAGUGGUUGGAUACAUGCUGUACAUACUCCACAAGAUUCUUUAGUUAUUGGUGGGAAUUAUUUAACAUUACGUGAUAUGAAAAUGCAAUUAAAAAUUAAUGAUAUUGAACGGAAAACUAGAGUGCCUUCCCGAUUCAGGUUUCCAAUGUUUAAUAAAGUGAUAUGGUUAACUGGAUGGUAUUAUUUAAAUCAUAAGGAUGAAUUCAUAGAAGAUAUCCAUCUGAAAGAAAUUAAGUCUGAGAAUACGAAUGACGAGUAUGAAUUAUUGGAUUCGUUGGUAAAUCAUCUAGAAUGGCAUUUGGAAUUAAGUAAAACCAACACAUCAGCUAAGAGAAGUAUACCAAUCGAUUUAGUAGGGAAACCCCCAGUUGAUUUCAUAAACAAACUUGCGGAAUGGAGAGAUACAUUUACUAAAACUACGCAAUAG